GUUCCCUCUCUAAAUCCGCUCUUUCCACCGUUUCGAAACCUAAUUGUGUAUUUCGAGGAGACCUUGUAAUUUUCAUUCAUAUUACUAAAACUUCUCCAGAUGCCUUUACAAUGUAUAUUGUUAAUAAAUUGAAUUUAGCUGCAUAGCAGAUACAUAGCAACAAAAUCCUAUUUCAGAUAUUUGUAAAAUGGAACUCCAAAAACAAAAUUGUUUAAGUUUGCACACUGAAGAAUUCACACAGAGCAGUUCAUCAACUGUAAUUGAAACAGUUCAUUGCAAGAUUUUAAAGGAAAAAUUAAGACAGAACAGAAAAUGCAGUUCGAAAAUACAAAGCAAGAAAAUACAGGAACACCAACACAAAGUUUUACAGGAGAAAAAGAACAAACAAGAGGACUUUUAUACUUGUCAAAAAUGUUUCAAGACUUUUAGUCGCAGAGGAGGAUUACAAAGACACAAAGCAAUACAUCUGCCAGAAAAACCUUUUAAAUGCAAGUUUUGUGAAAAUGGAUUUAGUGUAAAAGGUGCACUUAAAUUACAUAUGAAGAGUCACACAGGAGAAAACUGCAGUGAAUGUCCUGUAUGUAAUAAACUGUUUGUCACUAAAUGGUUGUUACAAAGGCAUAUGAUAACACACGCUGAUGAAAAACCUUAUGCUUGUUCAAUAUGCAGCAACUCUUUUAAAUAUGAAAAUAGUAUCAAGCUUCAUAUGAAACAACAUCUAGGACUCACCAAACAAAUUGAAAUGCAAUUGGAUGAAAGCCCUUUUAUAUGUUUAUUAUGCGAGCAGACAUUUACAUCAAAAGAGCAUAUAGUAAAACAUAUGAAUGAACACUUAGAAAUCUCUGAAAGCAAACCUUUUAUGUGUGACAUAUGUGGAAACAGAUUUAGUCAAAAAGGUGAUUUAAAACGUCAUAUAAAUAGACACUUUGACAAGGAUCAUAAACCCUUUGCUUGUGGUGUAUGUGGUAGAAGUUUUAAUCAUUCAGGUGACGUCACAAGACACAUGAGAAUACACUCAGGUGAGAAACCAUACAGCUGUGGUGAAUGUAAUAAGCAGUAUGUUAGAAAAAGUGAUUUAGUAAAACAUGUUAAAACACACAAAGAUGGGCCAUACAAAUGUGAAACUUGUGAUCAACAGUUUCAACGGAGGAGUAAUUUUACCAGACACAAUUGUAAAACAUCAGAUUAAUAAAAAAACAUUUUUGUCUACCAGGUAUCUUGCUAUGAUUGCUGUCAAUAAAGCCCAGCAAGGCAAAGCCUAGCAAGUCAUGUAUUUUGACUGACCAAUUUUCAUUAUUCAUGUUAAUCAUUGAUUUCAUUUAAUCUUUGUUAAGUCUUCAAGAUGACUUUAGAUUUUCAACCAGUUAGUAAAAUAUUUAAAUCUACAGUAUCCACAUGUGUAAUAGUAGUCUCAGUUACUGUACAAUAGAUCAUAAAUAUUUUGAAUUUUAUUGAAAAUCUUGAUACAAGUAUCUUAUUUGUAAGAAUAUUAAUGUGAUUUCUAAUUUUGUAGUUAUGUUCUGUUGAAUUUUAAGGAAUUACCAUACAAUGUUCAAUAUAAAGUUUUCUGUUUGACAACCUUGAACAUGUUUAGUACCAAAUCCAUACAUACAUGGACACAUGUUUCAAAGAAUGUGUAUAAAACAAAUAAAA